UCAAGCCGGAGGAGCUCAGGCAGGCGCUGAUGCCUACAUUAGAAGCUCUGUAUCGUCAAGACCCAGAGUCCUUGCCCUUCCGCCAGCCGGUGGAUCCCACUCUACUGGGCAUCCCGGACUACUUUGAUAUUGUAAAGAACCCAAUCGAUCUUUCCACCAUCAAGAGGAAGCUGGACACGGGGCAGUACCAGGAGCCCUGGCAGUAUGUUGUCGACAUCUGGCUGAUGUUCAACAACGCCUGGCUCUACAACCGCAAAACAUCUCGAGUGUACAAGUACUGCUCGAAGCUGUCCGAGGUGUUCGAGCAGGAAAUUGACCCCGUCAUGCAAGGUCUGGGAUACUGCUGUGGACGCAAGUACGAGUUUUCACCUCAGACGCUUUGCUGCUAUGGCAAACAGCUCUGUACUAUCUCCAGAGACGGCACAUAUUAUAGCUACCAAAACAGUUCACCCAAAUAUGGCCUUGUUGCCGACAGGUAUCACUUCUGCGAGAAGUGCUUCAACGAGAUUCAGGGCGACAGUGUCACCCUGGGAGACGACCCGGCCCAGCCGCAGACGUACGUAUCUGCCGCCCAGAAGGCUUUGAGUAUGAUAUCAAAGGAGCAGUUUGAGAAGAAGAAAAAUGACAUGUUGGACCCCGAGCCCUUUGUUGAAUGUAAAGACUGUGGCCGAAAGAUGCAUCAAAUCUGCGUACUACAUUAUGACGUCAUCUGGCCAUCAGGUUUCAUCUGUGACAACUGCCUGAAGAAGUCAGGGAAAACAAGAAAGGAAAACAAGUUUUCUGCUAAAAGGUUACAGUGCACAAGGCUGGGCUCGUACAUCGAGGACCGAGUGAACAAGUACUUGAAGAGGCAGAAUCACCCCGAGGCCGGAGAGGUGUUUGUGCGGGUGGUCGCCAGCUCUGAUAAGACCGUGGAGGUCAAACCUGGGAUGAAAUCCAGGUUUGUUGACUCAGGAGAGAUGGUAGAAAAGCUUUCCCUACAGAACCAAAGCACUUUUGCAUUUGAAGAGAUUGAUGGAGUGGAUGUGUGUUUCUUCGGCAUGCACGUCCAGGAAUAUGGAUCUGAAUGUCCCUUUCCUAACACCAGACGGGUAUACAUAUCAUAUCUUGACAGUAUUCACUUCUUCAAGCCUCGGAUGCUAAGAACUGCAGUUUACCAUGAAAUCCUCAUUGGUUAUUUGGAGUAUGUUAAGAAACUAGGGUAUGUGACUGGUCAUAUCUGGGCCUGCCCACCUAGUGAAGGCGAUGACUACAUCUUCCACUGUCACCCUCCUGAUCAGAAGAUUCCCAAGCCUAAAAGACUGCAGGAGUGGUACCGCAAAAUGCUGGACAAAGCCUUUGCAGAAAGAAUCCUCCAUGACUACAAGGACAUAUUUAAGCAGGCCACAGAGGACCGGCUUACAAGUGCCUACGAGCUGCCCUAUUUUGAGGGUGAUUUUUGGCCCAAUGUUUUGGAGGAAAGUAUCAAGGAGCUGGAGCAAGAGGAGGAGGAGAGGAAGAAGGAGGAGAAUACAACCACCUCUGAGACAACAGAGGGAACCCCAGCUGACAGUAAGAACGCCAAAAAGAAGAACAAUAAAAAGACCAACAAAAAUAAGAGCAGCGUGAGCCGCGCAAGCAAAAAGAAGCCUGGGAUGCCGAAUGUAGCUAAUGAUCUCUCCCAGAAGCUAUAUGCAACAAUGGAGAAGCACAAAGAGGUCUUCUUCGUGAUCCACCUGCAUGCUGGUCCAGUGAUCAAUACCUUGCCUCCGAUCAUGGAUCCUGACCCAAUGCUGACCUGCGAUCUGAUGGAUGGUCGUGAUGCCUUCCUGACACUGGCCAGGGACAAACACUGGGAGUUCAGUUCACUACGCCGCUGCAAAUGGAGCAGUAUGUGCAUGCUGGUGGAGCUACACAAUCAGGGCCAAGACCGAUUUGUGUACACUUGCAACGAAUGCAAGCAUCACGUAGAGACACGUUGGCAUUGCACCGUUUGCGAGGACUUUGAUCUAUGCAUUAACUGCUACAAUGCUAAGGGCCAUGAGCACCAAAUGGUGAAGUGGGGUUUGGGCCUGGACGACGACAGCAACAACCAGGGCGGCGAAGCCAACAAGAGUCCACAGGAGAGUCGACGCCUCAGCAUCCAACGCUGCAUCCAGUCGCUGGUGCAUGCCUGUCAGUGCCGCAAUGCCAACUGCUCUCUGCCAUCUUGUCAGAAGAUGAAGAGAGUGGUGCAGCACACCAAGGGCUGCAAGCGCAAGACCAACGGAGGCUGCCCUGUUUGCAAGCAACUCAUUGCGUUGUGCUGCUACCAUGCCAAGCGCUGCCAGGAGAACAAGUGCCCCGUGCCCUUCUGUCUCAAUAUCAAGCACAAGCUGCGGCAGCAGCAGAUUCAGCAGAGGCUGCAGCAGGCGCAGAUGAUGCGGCGGCGCAUGGCACUCAUGCAGGGCAGAGGAAUGCCGCCCAGUCUGCCCUCCCCAACUACCUCAGGAGGUCCGGGGACGCCCAACUCUCAGCAGCUGCAGCAGCCUAAUACGCCUCAGACCGCGCAGACAUUAGCCAACCAGCCCCAGCAGACACAUCAGAAUGUGGCUCCAAUGGUGCAACCCUUCCCCAACCAACCGUCUACACCUGGGUCGCAGGGAAAAUCAGGCCCGCAGUCCUCGCCUCUGCCCCAGCAGCAGUCUCCCCUGCCCAUGCCGCCUCAACAACAGCCACAGCCCUCUCCGCAGCAGCAGCAGGCUUUGAAGGUUGCAAAACAAAUAGAGAUGAUGACGAAAGUUCAGCAACAGCAGCAGCAACAACAACAACAGCAACAACAACAACAACAACAACAACAACAGCAGCAGCAGCAGCAAGACUACAGGAUGAGUGUGAACGGCAUGCAGAUGAACCAACCUCGCAUGAUGACUUCCAUGCAGAUGAUGGCCCCUCGUGGCCCUCAGAUGGUUCAGAACAUGCAGCCUGGCCAGUGGCCAGCUGGGAUGCAAGGGUCCAUGCAGAAUUCACAGGCACCUCUGCCGCAGCAAGUGCCACCGCAGCAGAUGGCCAUGGCCCCGCAGCAGUCUCAGGUAGUGCAGACUCCUCAACAGGCGCAAAUGAUGCAGCGCGCCAUGAUGCAGCAGCAACAGCAGCAGCAGCAGCCUCGGCAGAUGCAGGCUGUCAUGCCUCCCCAGCAGGCACAACCACAGGCUCCGCAGCAACAAGGCAUGCAGCAAAGAGGGGUGGCCAGCAGCAUUGCUCCAGGAGCGCUGCAGGACCUGCUGCGCACAUUAAAAUCACCAAGUUCCCCUCAGCAACAGCAGCAGGUCCUCAACAUCCUCAAAUCGAACCCGCAUCUCAUGGCGGCGUUUAUCAAACAGCGGACGGCAAAGUACCAAGCCAGCCAACCGCAGCAGCAGAACCCGCAGGCCAUGCUCGCAGCUCAGCCGGGAAUGCAGACCAUGGCUGCGAUGCAAACCGGCCCCGUGCAGCGAGCCGUCAUGCCGCCUCAGCAGCCGCAGCCAGCUGCAACCCAAGCCGUGGCUGCCCUCGGACCCCAGGGACAAAUGAUGAACGCUGCACACAAUGGAAACCAGCAGCUGUUUCGCCGGCAACUAAUGCGCAUGCAGCAGCAACAGCAACAACAGGGAGUAAUGCCUCCAGGACAAGGAAGAUUCCCGCAACCUCAAAGUCCGGCCAGCUACUCACAAAUCCGCAUGCAGCAGCAGAUGGCCAUGCAGGGAGGCGCCGGGGCCAUGGGUCAGAUGCAGCCCAUGGCUCAGAUGGGCCAGCCUGGCAUGAGCAUGGACGCCCAGCAGAACAUGCUGCAACAACGCAUGCUGCAGCAGCAGCAGCAACAGCAGCAGCAGCAGCAGAUGCUAAAGCAGCAAAUGGGAUCGCCGGCUCAGGCCGCUUCCAUGAGUCCUCAACCCCACAUGCUUGCAGGACAGCCACAGGGAGCUCACUUGCCCGGACAGGCCAUGGCCAAUGCGCUGGGCAACCAAGUGAGGUCGCCUGCACCCGUGCAAUCGCCGCCCCCCCGUCCCCAACAGCCGCCACAUUCCAGCCCGUCCCCGCGCAUGCAGCCCCAGCCCUCUCCCCUGCACUCCGGCGUGUCCCACCCCAGCCUGGCGGGACCCAUGCCGGGCCACAUGGACCAGGCUCACCUGUGCACACCCGAACAGAGUGCAAUGCUUCCGCAGCUGAACACGCCAAACCGUGGAGGGCACCCCAACGACAUGAGUAUGGUUGGGGACACAUCGGGAGACACGUUAGAGAAGUUUGUCGAGGGAUUGUAGCAUUAAGAGACGUUCUUUUUGAGGACAGAGGUGUGUUUUCUACACAGGAAAUUAGAGAAGGCGACAAAAUGAACUGUAAUAGGUUUACACAACCAAUGGACUGCUUUUCUUCCCUGUUGGAGGGAUUGAAAUUACUGUUUAAAGAGCAGAAUCACAAAGGGUAUUUUUCUGGGAGGGUUGUCGGACCGGCCGAAAUGCAGUGCUGUUCUAUGAGUUACAUUUUUAAUUGUUUUGUUUUCGUUGUUUUUUUUUUUUUUUUUCGGGGAGGGGUUUAUUUUGAGCUUAUGGACUUUUUAAAUGGAAUAUCUCAAGGCAAAAUAUUUGAUUUUAUUAUUGAAGACUUUCGUUUGCAUGUUUGCAAACUGAAAUGCAUUUUUUUUUUUUUUUUUUUUUUGGGGAGUGUGUGCGUUUAGGGACUGUAAGAUACUCAGUGUGGAAUUAGGAUCAGGAGCAAUCCUCAUUCCGGUCUGAUACGUAUUCACAUUUACCAGGUUUGGAAAAGGACACACCGCCUUUUUCUCUCCAAACUGUGGAGUUUGUACAGAGGACCUGUAUUCAUUUGUACAGAAAGGAGCUUGGCUACUGCACACACACACACACAUACACAUAAACACACACGAACACGUGAGCAAAUUGUGAAAGUUGCUCUUAUUUUUCAAGGUGCCCAAAUGCGUUAAUUUAUUGGCCUGGAUUCAGUAGUUGUCUCUUAAGAUGUAGGAAGAUGUUCCUGUUUUUCUCGUUUGAUCUCUGAAACAUCAAUGAUGUCCCCUCCACCUCGCGUAUGAGGCCGGAGCUUCUUCUGACUGCUGAUUCGUUCAAAGAGUUCUUCAGUCAGCCUCUUUUGUUUUUCUCCUCAUGAAACUUGAAUUGAAGGUGAACGAUUCUUUAAUGUAAAUCAUGCAGCUUGAUGACAUACUGUAAAUAAAAGGAAAAAAAGAUUGAGAUCGCUGUAUAAACUGGUUAAGAACUUGUUUCGUACUUAUAUACCAUAUUGUUAAAUAAACUGUGUGCAACAGA